UUAUUAUUCGUGUUUAAUCAAGUUCACGACGUUCACGUUCAAGUUCACGAUCAUUGGCAUUUGGCAUCACCGUAAUAAGUUAGUAAGAGACUCGGACUUUGUUCCAACGCCAAUAUGGGAUUUUUAUUUGCAUUAGUAAAAAAAAUAUUAAAAGUAAUAUUAUAUUCAGCGAUUGUAAUAGCAGUAAUAGUUUUUAUUCCGAAUCUUCCGCCGUACACAAAGUUUACAAGCAUCGGAAUCGAGCCGACUCAACCGUUAACUGGUGAAUUAGCAAUAAACGGCUUAUUGAAUAAUGCCGAACGUUUAUUAGAGGACAAAUUAAUGGGACCAGAGUGUUAUCAAAUAUACAAUGAUGAGUUGUAUACGAGUCUCGCGACCGGUGAAAUCGUGAAAGUAUCGCUAGGUGGCCAUGUGACGAUCGUAACCAAAAUUGGCGAACCUUGUACUGGUCUUGUGCAGGAGGAUAUUUGUGGCCGUCCCCUAGGAUUUGUCAUUGAUAAUAAAAAUAAAGCAAUGUAUGUUGCUGAUGCUUACUAUGGCAUUUGGAAAGUUAACUUAGAAACAUUCAAAAAGCAACUUUUGGUUUCGCCUCGAGUACCUAUAAAUGGAAAAGUACCUAUGACUUUUAAUUCAGUAGCGCUGGCUCAAAAUGGAGAUAUUUAUUGGACAGAUUCCACCAGUGAAUACCAUUUAAAAGAUGGUAUUACAGGUAUUAUGUGCGAUCCAACAGGAAGGAUGUUCCACUACAAUUCUGCCAAAAAUGAAAGCCGAGUACUACUAGAUGACUUAUAUUUUCCAAAUGGCAUAGUUAUUUCACCAGACAAUCAAUUUGUGUUAGUAGCAGAAACAGUAAGGUACAGGCUUGUCAAGUAUUAUAUAAACGGACCUAAGAAAGGCGAGACUGAAGUGUUUAUCGCUGGAUUACCAGGUUAUCCUGAUAAUUUACGAUUUCUUCCCGAUGGUUCUGGUGUAUUGAUAUCGUUGUACAACGUUUUCGACGAAAAUCACCCCAAUAUAAUAAAGACAUUGGCCUCAGUUCCCCUCGUAAGAAAGUUUAUAGCAAGAACAUUCCAUCUCAUUGAAAAUACAUUUGACUUUCUGAACAAACAAUUUCAUUAUCAUAUUUUUGAAGAAAUCGUAUAUUACGUUGGAAGCUUUGGCAGUGCAGCAUUUUUAAAUCCAGGAAAGUCUGGCCUUAUUCAAGUGGACUGGAGUGGUAAAAUAAUUGCUUCAUAUUAUAAUACAGACGGCAGUAUACAUCACAUUAGUGAUGCUAUUGUGCACAAAGACAAAUUAUACACUGGCUCUCCUCAUCAAAAUUUCAUUGGGGUUGUACCAGCUCCGCCUCUUUUAAAGAAAGCCUUUUCUACUAAUAAACCUACCGUUAAAGAAACACCAAAAGUAGAAGUUAAACUUUCAGAGCAAAUAAAACCAAAAUUAAAAGAAAAGGCAGAAGUUCCUAAACAACAGCAACUAAAAGAAAAUGUUAAAAAGCAAACCGAAAAAAAAGAAGUUCCAGUGAAAAAAAAUGAGAUGUCCGGUGAUUCUGGAACCAAACCAAAAGUGACUCCCAAAGAAGUAGAAAAACCAAAAGUAGUUGCUAAAGAACCUGAAGUCAAACGCAAAGUAGCUGCAAAAGAAACUGAAUCCAAGCCAAAAGAAGCUGAAGCCAAACCAAAAGUGAUUUCUAAAGAACAAAUUAAACAGCAAGAACCAGAGAAGAAUCUAAAACCUACAGUUACAAAAUCACAAGAUACCAAAGGAAAAAAUAUUGACAAAGAGCCUGCAGUAAAUAAAAUAAAGCCAACUAAUAAAGACCCUGAAACCAAAUCUAAAUCAUCUAAAGAUGCGAAUAUGAAGUCUAAAACCGAAAGUAAAGUAACUGGACAAACAAAACCAGUUCCAAAAAAAGUCGAGGUUGAUUCAAAAACAAAAUCAGAAGAUCCCCAGAAAUCUGAAAAAGUAAAAGUAAACCAAAACUAUGGAGAAAGUGAGAAGAAAACUAAAGAAGACUCAAAAUCAACGAAGAGUGCAUCUAAGAAUGCUGCUAAAUUAAUCCCAGUUGAAGAAGAAAUACCAUCAGACACUGCCAAACCAAACAAGGAAACAUUAAAAGUCAUUAAAAAAAGUGGUCCCCAAGAGAUCCCUAACCUUAACUUGUAAAGAUAGGUUGUGUACAAAAGACUAAUAGUUUCCAUUUUAAAUAAAGAUAAUUCACAUUUUUAUAAUAUUUGAAUAUGGUAAUGGUUAUUGAGAUUAUGAUUUUGCAAGAAAUAUUUGCACAAAAUUAUUAACUGAUUAAAAUAGUUAAUGAAUCUGAAUUAGUUUAGUUAAAGAUAGUAAUAAAGUUGUCUAGAAAUAACUAUUACCAACAAAUUUUAAUCAUUGUUGUUUUUAAAUUAUAAAAAGAAAGAUUCUUUUAUAUAUGUAUAAUUUUAUAGGUAAGACGCAAUUAAUUCCUUCUUCAAUAAAAAAAAAAAUAACAAGUUGUUAGGUGAUGUUUCCAACAAAUUCUUGGUGUGGGGUUAACUAAAAGUGAAAUAUUUAUGUACAGGCGAAAUUAUUAUUUUUGCAUUCCCUAAAAUCAUUCCUAAAUUUUUUAUUAUUUUUUAAAUUUAGUAUUGAAAAUAUUUUGUAUGUCAAUUAUAUGAUAAUAUUUUUAUAAUCGUGUAUUAAUUGAUAAGAUCUCAAAUUUAUAUCGUAGUUUAAAAGUGUUAUGAGUAUUUCAGUCAAACUGAAAAUACAAUAGCGAUAGUUACGCUUUACUGACUUGACUGAAUGUAGAUGAAGCCUUUAUAAUUGAUAAUCUAUAUUUAAAUAACCGUAUUUUUUAUAAUUUUUUUUCUUUAUUUUCGUUUUUAAAUGACUAUUUUGAUAUGUUACCACUGCAGUUGCAAAUGUUAAGAAAUCUUAUGUUCCAUAUUUUUUAUGCAUAAUACCAGAAAUUAUUUACAAAUUAUGUAGCAAAGUAGUGUGCAAACAAAAUAUCGUCCAUUGUUGUAUGGGAUAAUUUUAUAUACAAAUGUAUAUAUAUUGUCUUAACAUUCUCACAUGUAAAUCGAGCAAUACUGUUUUCAAUAAACCAUUUUAAUACA